AUAUUUCGUAGUAAACGAAUAAAUCGAUUUUAAAAUCCUGGGACAGCCUGAAAUCGAUCCGAAAUUCGAACUUCGAGGUAUAAGAAUUUGGCGUCUGAUAGUAUGUAUUUAUUCAAGCGCAAGACUCGUAAACAGAGUACCUGAGACAUUACACAGAAUACUGAGUGGUGACGUCAUACGAAAUGCCCUUGAUAAAUUUACAAUGGUGAAAAGGGAGACGUACACACAUACACCAGAAUUUUAUCACAGUAUAGUCAUUUUAGAUAAUAAAAAUACUGUAGAAGAGAAAAAUUUACGACCGGCAGAUGAAACGGCUAAGCUAGCAGAUGAUACUAAUGAUAAAGAAAAGAAAAUUGUAUAUCCAAAAGACAUAACAAGAAGAAGUAAAGAUGAGAGUGAAUAUGCCAAUACCAAAUUAGAAAAAUAUUAUGUAAGCAAAACGUUAAAGGACGAUAGAAUUCACAAUAGUGUUAUUAAAACACAAACAAAAGUUGGAUAUAGUGUUACUUCUGAACAUUCUACAAACAAUAAUAAUGCAAUAACAGUAAACUUUAAAAACAAUGACCUAAAAACCCUCUUCAGUGGCAUAAUAAAAGAAGACAAAUCUAAAACAAAAAAUCGAAACAACGAGCAAAAUAGCUGGCAUAAAACUCUUUUACCUGAAAUAAAUAAUUUGUCAGAUAAGGAGCUCAGGGAAAGAAGAGAUAAAAUUAAUCGGUUGUUGAAAAGUAAUUACCUGAAAGGGAUGAAUGGGAAAGAGCCAGAAAUAAGAAGAGUGCUGCAGAAACAGAACGAACUCAUUGAGGCGUUGACACAGGCGCAGGACAGCAGUUCAGAAGAUGAGCAGUUUCUGGACAUCAUGGAGUCUAUAGACAAAAAGAAGAGUACGAAGCAGCCUACCACCAUGGUGAUGAUAGACCAGAUCGAUGUGCGACAAGCUUUAUACAAUGAUCCACUGGUGAGGAGAAUACUGAAACUGGCACAGAGGAAAAAUAUACAGAAUCGGGCAUGAUUUUGACUUUCUGGUCUAGUGUCUGAAUUAAACUAUUAUUUAUUUACAUA